AUAUAGUCGGUGUACACCAAUUAAAGACAAACCUUUUCUUUUGCCGGUCGAAAGCCCUCUCUGGAUAUAUUUCUCCAUCAAGCAGAUCGGUUAAGAUCAAGAUUAUUAACAGUUUUGGACUACAAGUGAGCUUGUUUUGUCUUUAGAAGACUUUUACCGAUUAAACCCAAAGCAUUGAUAAAGGUUGAGCUUAAUCUUUUAAUCUUCAAAACUGAUGUAUGCCUCUAUAUAACUUUGUUUUUCUUCUUCACGUGGAACUUUGAUUUGCUUUUUUAUCGUAUGAAGAGAAAAUUGCAUACUUUCUUCAAACUUUUGCUCAAUUCAGAAAAUGUACUGACUUAGUUGCCUUGCCUUUUGUAUACUCGUUAAUUAGUUUAGACGCCCUUCUUGUUAACAAAAAAACACACAAAGAUUUGAAUCAUUUUUGGACUUUGUAUUAAAAUGGACAUCCUGAGCUUCGAUGAAGAUAGUCAUCAUCGUUCGUUUUCAACGACCACGGGGUUGACGGCGCCUAAACUCACACUGACAUCGAUUUCGACACCGAGCAUUAUUCGUCCAGAGCAACGACAUACAAUCAAAAUAAGUGAUCGUCUGCUGGACAUCCCGUGUAAAGUAUGCGGCGAUCGAAGCUCCGGCAAGCACUACGGUGUUUACGCCUGUGAUGGGUGUAGCGGAUUCUUUAAACGCAGUAUCCAUAGAAACCGGGUGUAUGUCUGCAAGCAGCAAGGAAAAGGAGGAGGAGACUGCCCCAUAGACAAGACCCAUCGCAACCAGUGCCGGGCCUGCCGGCUCAGGAAGUGCUUCGAAGCCCAGAUGAAUAAAGAUGCUGUACAACACGAGCGAGGACCACGGAAGCCCAAGAACAAACCCAUCAUUCCAACAGAGAUCAGAUCAACAGGCACCCCAGGCACUGUUCGAUCCCUGACCCCAUCCAGCACCACGUCACUGAGCCCCUUACCCCGUCAAACCGGGCACUCAAUCUUACCCCUAACCAUACCACACCGCCCGUUGCCCGCCGACAAGUCAGCGCUAACAGGCUCCUCCACGCCGCUACCUCCCCCGUCGAGUAGUUUCAUAUCUUCAUCCGUUUACUACGGGACGUUCUACCACAGCCUCCUCACCGCAGAACACUACAACAUCAACCCACUCGCGCUGGACGCCGUGCGGGAAGAUGACGGGGCCGAGGUGGGUCGGGUGAAGGGGCUUGGGUCGUCGAUUUCCACGUCGCCGGAUAACUUACCCGAAGUCACAGCCAGGCUUAUUUUUACCUCGGUGAAAUGGGCGAAAAAUAUCACCUGUUUUCGAUUGCUGCCGUUCAGAGAUCAGCUCAUCCUUCUCGAAGAAACGUGGAAAGACUUAUUUCUGAUGGGAAUUUGCCAGUGGGCGGUUCCACUCGAAACAGAUGCCCUCCUAAAGUCCCUCGCAGUCAGCAUGAGCGUGAAGGGAGAAAAGACAUCCCCCGAAGCCACGGCGGAGCUCGCAUCGCAGGUCCGGUACAUGAAGGAGACGGUUGCUAAGCUACGGGCAAUGAAGGUGGAUUUCACCGAGUUUGCAUGCCUGAAAGCUGUAGCCUUGUUCAAAUCAGAAACCCCUCAUCUGAGCGAGCCUCACCGAGUAGAAUCACUUCAAGACCAAGCCCAAGUCAUGCUGGGGGACUAUGUCCGGUAUGCUCACCUUUCUCAGCCCACUCGCUUCGGCCGACUUCUCAUCAUGCUCUCCGCUCUCCGAGCAGUCAGCAGCAAGUUUUUAGAAACUCUCUUCUUCAAGCAGACGAUAGGGGAAAUACCCAUUGAAAGAUUACUGAGCGAUAUGUUCCAGACUUGUUAGAAGAACUUUCGUAAUUUAAGCAUUUAAACAUUGAUGUAUUUUCAUAUACCGUUUAUCAUGUUUACUAUUCUAACAAUAAUAUAUCAUAGUUGUUUUAUACCGGAUUAUACGGAGAUUAUAGGCAUAUCAAAGGAUGGUGCCUUGGCGAAUGUAUUAACAUUAUGUAUUAACUGAAAUAUUACCAUUAGAUUGUUAAUCAUUUAAAUUGCUCAGUUGGGAUACCCCCACCAACUUUGGCAUAAGUUUGAAUGUUAAUUAUUGUCUUAAACCUAUAUACAUUCUAAAAAAUACUCCAUGAGGGAAAAUUUUGCCCAUUCUAAAGUAAUUGAUGCUUAUUUUUCUAACCUUACUGGACAAUAUGCUUCCCACAUUGGGUAAAAUACUUCCCAAACUGGUUGGACACAUAAUUACCCUCGUGCUGGUUAAAAUUUUACCCAAUAUUUUUAAAGUGUAUAUACCCACUGUAAUUUAUAAUACACCAUCCAUUCAAAUAAAGCUUCAGAGCGAAUCCCCUCGGCAUUCCAAAAAGCAUUAAUCAUUGUUUAUAUCACACAUUCCUUUAUCCAAAGCAGUAUUAGUUUUGAAAAUAUACAUUCCAUUCUCUUUUUUUUUUACUUUUAAAUAAAGUGGUCAAUAGAAAUUAAUUAAUGCAAAAAGAAAAUGAAUAAUGGGAACUAGCCUCAUGUAAAGCCCACUGUCAUUUAAUACAUGUUGUAUGUGAAACGGUGAUUAAGAUUAAUAUAAUUGUUCGUGGUUUGUGUAUAUAAUUAUAAAUAUGUAAAUUCUAAUUUAUUCUGUGAACAUUCGAUUUUUUAAAUAAUUGCUUGCUGUAUAUUUAGAUUUGAAUAAAGAAAUCAAAUGUUUGUGCAAAGAUUAGAGGACUGUACAUGAUAUAUAUUUCAAACUGUGUAAACAAAUCUAGAAACAGAAAGAAGGAAAAACAUGCGAAAAAAUAACGUGGUUAUUCUAUUAGUAUAUUGUUCUGGAAAUUGCUGAAAUUGAAAUUUAAGUGGUAGAUUGACCCAUCAUUUAUCUUAUGUUUUAGUAUAUGUACACAUGAUUUUUUUGUUAUGAAUAUUAUAAUAAUAAGUGAUUUUCAAUGUGUGUUUUAAUUUGUUUUGCUAAAAGUCCGUUAAGGACAUGACUAUCAUCACCAAUCGCCCAUGUAUUAUUUUUUAGUAAAUUAGAAAAAUGUGAAUUUUUAGUUUCUUAUAGACUGUUGGUAUUAGAAAAACAAUAUUAAUUUUGUUUUAAACCGAUGAUAUGUUCAUAUUCAUAUAGUAGCAUGAUGAGCAAAAAAUUUUAGGGGAGACCAGACUUCGCGUUGCAAUUACAAGCGAGCGAAGCGAACGAGCAAAAGAAUUUACCCUUUUAGUACAAAAAUCUAAGUUUGUGAUAGAAUUUGACAUAAUACUUUUCAGGAAAAAAAAUCACAAUUCCCCCCCCCCUUUUUUUUUUUUCUUCUCUCCUUAUUUUUUCUGGGUCUUGAAUCUAUUGGGGGCUUUAUGCCCGUCCCCCUUCUCUACCCCAAUGUAUUCAGAGCAACCUAAAAUUUUCUAUAUAGAGGAUACUUUUUUACUACACAGUACUUACGCAAAUUGCCCUUCUUGUAACUAGAAUCUCGCUCCAGGACGUACAUUCGUUUUUGUAUGUAUGAAAAUUUUCUUGAAAUUAUAUAGUGGUUAUUAUUGAUAGCUAUGUUAGAGACUUUAUCCAGAGAAACAAAUAAGUCAGACCUUUCCAGACAAAUAAAGAUACGAUGACACAAUCUAUCUCGUAUAACGAUAAUAAUGAAAAGUGGACUUAAUAGAGUGCAACAGUUUGAUUUUAUGAUCAAAAUAGGUUUCAUUAUUCCAUGUGUUUUUUACAAUUAUAUACUUCAUAUUGCUUUACCCAUUUUCAAAGCAUUCUUGUAAUAUCAAUGCCCCGACAUUCGGGCAUAAUCAUUCACUCUGAUAUUGACUCUGUUUGUUUCGUCGAAUCGUACGUGUAUAAAUGUAUGAUAAAAACGUUCUCAAAACUGAUUUAUGAAGACUAAAAUGUAUCAAAAUUCGUAAGUUAUGAUAAAAUGUUGGAAACUGAUUUAUAAAGACG